AAAAUAUUUUCUUAUUUUUUGUCUAAGCUAUUCAUUCGGUUCUCCAGCCACUGUAUAUAUUUAUAUAAAGCAACUGUAUAAUAAAUAUACCUCUAAAAACCGCUAAGAGUGAAUCAAAAAUAUGUCAAAAAAUGACAAAGUCGAUGAAAUUGCCUCCUUGUUACAAAAAACUGAAGUUCGACAGCAAAAUAUUGUCAGUUUCAAAGGACAGGGAUUAAAACUGAAUAAUGAAGAAGAUGCCAAGAAAGUUAUACAAGCUAUUCGUGACUGUCCAGAUCUACAGGUGCUUGAAUUAUGUGGAAACACAAUAGGUGUGGAAGCUGCAAGAGCCAUUGCUGAUUCUUUAGAUGAUCGUAAAGAACUCGAAAGAUGUUUAUGGGCAGAUAUGUUUACAGGACGUUUGAGAAGUGAAAUUCCUCCGUCACUGACUUCACUCAGUUCUUCAAUUAUGAAAGCUGGAGCACACUUGGUUGAAAUAGAUCUCAGUGAUAACGCUUUUGGACCUAUCGGAAUUAAGUCUAUUGCUGAGUUAUUGAAAAGCGAGGCAUCUUAUACUCUUCAGGUUCUUAAGUUCAAUAACAAUGGCAUGGGAAUCGGAGGAAAAACUUUGGCAGAAACACUUAUUGAAUGUCAUAGAAGGAGCAGUGCUUGUGGAAAACCACUUGCUCUGAAAGUUUUUAUUGCUGGAAGAAACAGAUUAGAAAACCCAGGAGCUAUUGCACUCGCUAAAGCUUUCAAAACCAUUGGAACUUUAGAAGAAAUUCACAUGCCACAGAAUGGUAUCAAUCAUGAAGGGAUAUCUGCUCUGGCUGAAGCUGUGAGAAACUCACCGAAUCUGAGACAUUUGAAUCUCAAUGAUAACACAUUUUCAAAUAAAGGAGCUUUGUCUAUGGCAAAGGCAGUUGGAGAAAUCAACAGCCUGGAAAUAAUCAACUUCGGAGAUUGUCUUGUGCGAACGGAAGGGGCAGUAGCUAUUGGCGAAGCACUGAGAAUCAGCAAUCCCAAUCUUCAUACUUUGAUCCUUGCUUUUGGUGAAAUUCAACUCGAAGGUGCAAUCAGUAUUUGCAAUGGCGUUGCUGAAAAAGAACAUCUUGAAUUACUUGAUCUAAACGGAAAUCAAUUUGGUGAUGAUGGUGUAGAUGAAGUUCAGGAUUUGGCAAAAGAACUUGGAUACUUGAAAGCCCUUGGAUCAUUGUCUGAUGAUGAGGGAGUAGAUUCAGAAGCAGAUGAUAAUGAGGAUGAAGAUGAGGAGGAUGAAGAGGAAGGAAGCGAGUCACCCGAAGAAGAGGAUGAUUCUCUCACUCCGCAGAUGAACGGCUAUCAUGGUGUUGAUACAAGUUCAGUUACUUUCGAAGAUUUCCCAGAUCGCAUAUCUGCGCAACAGUUGGUUGUUCUAGGAAGUAGAAGGAAUGAACUUUUACACCAAGCUGUGUUGAAGUUGGGUAAUGAUGUUGAGGCUUGUAUUGAUGCCUGCUCAAGAAUAUCAGGUUUAAUUGAAACGCCGAACUUCUCCGACAAAACCAAAUUAGAAAGUACAGUUUUUGAGUGCGCAAAUGUUUACUUGCGUUCUGCGUUUCAACAUUGUGAAGACAAUCCUAUGAGAGCGGUAGAUAGAAUCUUAAUCAGAGCAGGACUCAUAAAAUCAGAAGAUAAAUCUAUUAAAGCCCUUCCGAAUGUAAGACCCUUUCUUCAAGUUUUGAAGCAUGCCCUCGCACAGCCUUAUUAUCCGCAAACAACGAGAAAGGCAUUGCGAGCAAUGGUUGCCAAGACAUGUAAGAUAUGGGACAAAAACGUUGAUAUUCAAAGCCAACUUUUACAAAUGCUGUAUUAAUGUAACCAAUUUUGAUUUUAGCAGUUGAUUGUAUCAUAAUGAACAACUUUUGUAUACUUGGAUUCUGAAUGUCUCCAGGUUCUUGUUACUUGGAAAAAUUGCGCUUCUUAAACAAAGCAGCACUGCCCCAUAUGUUCCACAUGCAUUUCAUUAGUAUCAAAAGCUUUUGUAGAGCGUACUCAUAAAACCAAUGGUUAUUUAAGAAGUGCGAUUUUGGUUAUGCAGAAUCUUUUUUACUGUGUAGGAUUGUAGUCUUAAUUGAAUAAAUUGUGGCAAUUUCGUGAUCUGUA